AUGUCUAGCAAUGCAAAGCCGCCAGUCUGGUUUAUCACCGGAUCAUCAGCUGGCUUGGGCCUCGCUUUGACUCGACACGCCAUUGCGAAUGGGCAUAUUGUCAUCGCGUCAUCGCGCAACCCUUCAAAAACGCCAGAGCUGGUGUCCGAAGUUGAGGGUAGCGGCGGGAAAUGGAUCACGCUCGAUACGACACAGUCGGAAGGAGAAAUCAAAAAGACAAUUCAGGCUGCAGAAUCCUUCUUCGGCGGCAUUGACAUACUCGUCAAUAAUGCGGGCAUAAGUGUUCUGGGUGCUUUGGAGGAUAUACCUGACGCCGACACGGUACACCAGAUGCGAGUCAAUUUUCUAGGGCCGUUGAGGAUCAUGCAGGCUGCUCUUCCCGAGAUGAGAAAACGAAGAUCUGGAGUUAUCAUGAAUGUCUCCAGCACACAGGGCGUCGCUCCGGGCCUCGCGUGCGGCGUCUAUGCAGCAAGCAAGGCUGCUCUGGAAGCCGCAUCCGAGUCUUGCAGCCAGGAAGUUGCACAAUUUGGGAUCAGGGUUCUCAUUAUUGUUCCAGGUGCAUACAGAACGGAGUUUGGCAGUUCGAGUACUGGCAAACACAUCGAGCCAUCACCGGAAUAUGGCGGUCAUCAUCCAGUAAAUCAAAGGCUUCAACUCAUUUCAACAUUGCCCGAGGUCGCAAUUGGUGACCCUGGCAAGGCCGCUCAAGUCAUGUUUCAAGCGGCAACAGGAGAAGGCGAAGCAGGAGAGCUUGUUAAGAGAGAAAAUCUGUUGCGAGUGAUCAUCGGCCCAGAUUCCUGGAAAGGGGUCGACAGAAAGGUCACUGAACUGAGAAGGACCACAGACCUUCUCAAACAGGUUGCAGCAAGUACCAACUUUUAG